AUUUUGCAACAAAAAAAAAUUUAAAAUUAGGGAUUUUGGCUUAGGCUCACGUGAGACAGAGAGAAAGGGUAUAGCCCGUUUCACUGAAGUUCUUCUCCGUAACCACCAUAGAGCGUUCUUCUGUUUAGUUCAGGGUUCAAAUAAGGUUUCUCUAGGGUUUUGGUCUCUGUGUUCCAAGGCCAGCUUUCCAUCUUUGGUUUUGCUCGUGCUGUAAUCUCACCAUUGAAGGAGGGCUUUGGAAUUCUAUUGGGCAGUUAAGGAAUAGAAUACCAACUCGACAUCGUUAAGUUGAUUUGUGGUUGUUGCUUCAUAUUAUUCAGCAUGUCGUCCCUAAGGAAUGCUAUUAGCAGGCGGGCUCACAAGGAACGAGCUCAACCGGAAUCGAGGAAAAAAUUUGGCCUUCUUGAAAAGCACAAAGACUAUGUUGAGCGUGCAAAAGCAUAUCACAAGAAGGAGGAGACUUUACGGAGACUGAAGGAGAAAGCAGCCUUUAGAAACCCAGAUGAGUUCUACUUCAAGAUGAUCAAGACUCGAACUGUUGAUGGAGUCCAUAAAUUAGAGAGUCAGGCAAACAAGUACACUCCAGAAGAGCUCUUACUUAUGAAGACCCAAGAUAUUGGAUACAUACUUCAGAAAGUUCAGAGUGAGAAAAAGAAAAUUGAAAAGUUGACUGCGACACUCCACUCUCUUGAUAAUCGGCCUUCAAGUAGACACGUUUACUUUGCUGAAGACAGGGAGGAGGCUAAAGAAAUUCAUUCACGUUCAAAAAGUGGAACUAUGCCUGCUUCUGAGGACAUUCCUGAUCAUAUAAAAAGGUACAAACAAAGUUUUCAGUGUUAGGGGACAGAUUGAUGA